UCGUUUUGACUGCACAGGAAAGUGCGCAAGCAAGGGGAUUUUGUAACGUUUUUCCAUUCGCGAGGAAAGGAGAUUUUGCUUUAAGUCAUCAAGAUCACGUGAAAGUGCUUCAAUUCAUUGUGUAACAUUGUAAUCAACAUUUACUUCUUGGUGUAGCAAAAUGUCCAUCAUGCACAGUAUUCAACAGGUCAUAUUGCUGUUUUGGAUCAUGACAGCAUCAAUAUGCUUAUCAAAAAAGGACCGAGAUUGUGAUGUACCAGACUCCUACGUUGAUGAGGACAAACUGCACACGAGCGAGAAGUGUAUCCAGGAGCUGAAUGACUUGGCUGAUGCAAUUACACAAACCACCCGCUGCAUGGCGAUGGCCGCCCGGCCGCUCUCCUCCUGCCUGAGCUGCUAUCAGACUCGACGGGCCGUCGACCUGGCCUACACUCGCAUGAUGGGGCCGGGUCCUGGCCAGUCCUGGUGCGCGCACGAGCUGCUGGACCGCGACACCACCCACGUGCUGCUCCAGGCGUACGCCUACUACGCGGACCUGCUGGCGCUGGUGCGCUGCGACCUGUGCGCGCCGCGCGGGCCCGACGGCAGCUACGCCCUGCUGCCGGCUGUGCUGCCGUUCGUGGAGGCGGACAACCGGACGAGGCGGUGUCUGACGGCGGCCAACGGCAGCGCCAGCGCGUGCGGCUCUUGCAGCGCGCUGUACGAGCGCCAGAAUGUGGCGGCCCAGGCGGUGAUCGUCGACCCCGACAACUGGCACACCUGCCGUGACGUCAUGGAUCUGGCGAACGGCACGCUGACCCUGUGGGAGGCGCUCGGCUGCGGCGCGCGUCCGCUCAGCUGGGCUUCCCUGCUCGGCUCGCUGGGCUUCGGCGGCGCCAUGCUCGCCCUCGUCGUCCUGUUCUACGCGGGCGUCUACUGGCGCAUGCCGCGGGCGGCCGGGCUCGCGCCGGAGCCCGCCGCCGGCCGCGGCGCGCGCCACCUCUACAGCUUCUCGGGCCUGGACCGUCGUCCGUCCACGGGCGCCACCGCCGCCGCCGCUACGGCCACCGCCACCGCCACCGCCACCGCCGGCGCCGGCGCCCGGUGACCGCUGCCGCACGCGCGGCGACCCCAAACUCUCGCGGGGAACCCACACGAUGUGUGAAGCAUUUGUACUCUUGAGUGAAACUCGGCCCCUUUGCCUGUACUCUCGUCUGCAAAUGAUUGUACUCCUGACUGGGAUAUUGGCUGUGACGGCUGUAGCGCCCGGUGCCUUUUGGUGAACGUUCCAUUCGCGUACUUUUAGGACAUGAGACCCACCAUGCAGUUGACGUGUGUGAUAUGUUAUGGGCUUUAUACCGUGCGUGCUGUAACCGUGGACCCGCGCGUGUCCAUCCACAUAUAUGGCAGCAUCCACUCCAUCGCGUUACACAUAUAUACAAUCGUGAUAAACCCCUCAGGGUGGCGCUGGUCGCCGCCUCAGUUAGCGCGCCCAUGGCCCGGGCCAUGUGCUCCGCUCGGGCGUGUCUGUGACAGGUCUGUAAGUCACUAUCCGUCCCAGUGUUGGCCCGGUCUCAAACCUGGCGACCAGUCGGGCCAGGCCGUCCGCUGAUAGUGACGCCGCCCAGGCCCUGCCUUCCGCCGACCUGGGAGCACACGGCCGCGGUGGCCCCGCCAGACCGAGCGGUCGCGGCCGGUGCAGCCCGGCCCCGGCGCGCCGCUCAGCUGGUCCGGCCGCUGGCUGGUGGUGGACCUCCGCGCCGCUGCACUGGACGGCUGGCCCCGAUCUUGCGCGCCCUCGCGGCUGGACCUGCCUCGGGCUUCCGCAGACAGGACUGUUCGCACACGGCCGCGGUUUUGUAAACACUUGUCGUGCCUGGCGGGAGAAUACACGUAGCCAGUGAUGAUAA